AUGAACAGGUUUAGGAAACAAUCAGCACGGGCUGCUGAAACUGAGAAUAAUAAACUUGCUUUGGCGCUGUCUAAAGAAAAGUUAUCUGGGUUAAAGAAUGGCGAAGAACAACGCAUUGCGCGAAAACCCGCAAAACCUGCAAGCGCGGUGCGGGAGAAACAAGGCGAAUUCGGAAAUGUGUUUUUCUCUCUAACUUUUCUAGUCGCUUCGCCAGCGAGUAGCAAAGAAGCUACGAAUUAUUUUUUCAAAGCCGCAUUCGGUAUGGGCAUUAUGUUGCCUACUCGCCACCGGAUUUUAUACAUUCUAUAUUCAUUUGCGGUCAACUCUAUGGCUACGCUCUAUUUCCCGAUCGGUUUUACGCUCAUAUUUUUCACAUUACCGGAAGAUGACUUGGACGUCAGUAAUCUGCUCACCUCGUUGCAGGUCACAUUUGAUGUAUACGCUGGUUCAAUAAAACUCAUCAUAAUGGCAUUUCUGUUGGGAAAGCUACGCACAUCGGAGAUCGUGUUUCAGCAACUCGAUAAUAGAUGUCGUACGCCGGAUGAAAUGAAUGAGUUGCGUAAAAUGCAGCAAUUUGGUCGAAAAGUGAUUAUAUUCUAUAUGACCAUCUUUCUAAUCUACUCGUCCAGCACAUUUCUUGGUUCGGUCACAUUCGGUUACCCACCGUAUUCACUAUACUUUCCCUUCCUUAAAUGGCGGCGUUCACGCAUCGAAUUUAUAAUCGCUUCUCUGCUUGAGUUCUUAAUAAUGGACUUGGCUUGCCUACAACAAACCGUAAACGAUGGCUGUCCUGUCGUUUACGUCAAUAUUUUGCGUACUCAUAUGAAAAUUUUACGUUCGCGUGUGGAGAAGCUGUGCACCAACGCAGCACUUACAAAGGAACAAAAUUUGUUGGAAUUGAAAUUGUGCAUUAAGGAUCAUCAGUUGUUGCUUGAACUCUAUGAAAUAAUUGCGUCCAUCGUCUCGAUAACGCUCUUUCUACAAUUUACGGUCUCAGCCAUUUGUGUUGGCACUACGCUCAUCAAUUUUGUCAUUUUUGCGAAUGGCUUCUCUACACGUGUAGCCUGUUUUUGUUUCAUACUCGCUGUGCUGAUCGAGAUCUAUCCGAUAUGCUAUUACUCGCAAUGUCUGAUAACUGAGAGUGAAGGAUUGUCGGAUGUGAUUUUCCACUCGAAUUGGAUUGAACAAAACAAGGAGUAUCGACAACUCUUAAUUUUUUUCAUACAAAAUGCCCAACGACCAAUGUCUUUAACCGCUGGCAAAUUAUACCCGGUGACAUUGAGUAAUUUCAUUAGUAUUGCUAAAUUCUCCUUCUCGUUGUAUACUUUUAUAGAGAAAAUGAAUUUAAAAGAGCGUCUAGGUAUCGAGUGA